CCAUGGCGUCGCAGCUGGAAGGGGCCAUGGAGACGCUCAUCAAUGUCUUCCACCAUUAUUCCGGCAAAGAGGGGGACAAGUACAAGCUGAGCAAGAAGGAGCUGAAGGAGCUGCUGCAGAGCGAGCUGGGCUGCUUCCUGGAGACCCAGAAGGACACGGGUGCCGUGGAGAAGAUCAUGCAGGACCUGGACGAGAACGGCGACGGGGAGGUGGACUUCCAGGAGUACGUGGUCCUGGUGGCCGCCCUCACCGUGGCGUGCAACACCUUCUUCUGGGAGAACGCCUGACCCAGGCCGGUCCCCACCCUGCAGCA